GGCGGCACGGCAGCCGCAGCCAGCCCAGUCCGCCGGGCCCCCCCCUCCUCCCCACGGCUGGACCACCAGCCGAAGCCGCGGAACGGACCCGGGGUUCAAGUCCACGGCGCGGAGGGGAGGGGGGGCGGGCGCGUCACGGCCGCCCGCUCCCUAUUGGCCGGCUGCGGCGGUCACGGGCCGGGCGCCCCGGGAUUGGCGCCAUCAGUGGCCAGAGCCGGAGUAACGGGACUCAGAGCCGCGGGUCGCAGUCCCCACGCGAGAGGGGCGGGCGUCGGCGCCAGGCCCAGAGCCGUGCGUGGGAGCCUGGCCGAGACGCGCUCACCAUGCCCUACGUGCUCAUCAGCACCCAGAUCCGCAUGGAGGUGGGCCCCACCAUGGUGGGCGAUGAGCACUCAGAUCCGGAGCUGAUGCAGCAUCUGGGGGCUGCAAAGAGAAGUGUCCUGGGAAACAACUUUUCUGAGUACUACGUCAAUGACCCUCCUCGCAUAGUCCUGGACAAGCUGGAACGAAGGGGCUUCCGUGUGUUGAGCAUGACAGGGGUGGGCCAGACACUGGUGUGGUGCCUCCACAAGGAGUGAACUUCCCACACUGAUCUGAGGAUAGGGCACCCUUCUUUGGAGAGGCUGCCAUGGGCCCCGACCCCCAAGCCCCUACCUUACCGACUGCCCUGCCUCCCUUUCCCAAAUCAUCAGUUUCCCAGGCCUAGCACCAACAGGCAGUGAACGGCCUUCUCUGAAGCACUGCCUCAGUCAGUGAGGGAGGAGAGGGCCCCUUGCCCUGGAGCUCCCACCUGCCCUCCAGCUUCAGGCCCGACCCAGGGCCUUGGAGUAGGCCAUGUCCUAUGGGCAGGCUGCCCUGGCCCAGAGCUGGGCACCCCAGUGGAAGAUGGCCCCUGGCCCUGGGUGGGUGGGUCCUGUGUAGCUAGUCCAAGCCAAUAAAGGGCUGUGAUGAG